GGACGACAUUACAGAUGCCGCCUCCGCCACUAACACACGUACGGAAAUUCUGCCAUAAUCCGUCAAUAUUCGGAUUUUAAGUACGUGUUUUGAAGUGAUUGGUAACAACCUUUUCUGAUGGGUGUCUGAGGUUUGUUGGACAAUAUUGUUUUCCUCCAGGAUCGCCUGUAUUUCUGAGAAAAUCGAGGAGGGGGCAAUAUCGAUUCUGCCUGUCCUACAUUUUUAUUUCUAUUUAUUUAUUUAUUUAUUUUAUGAGGAACAGCGACGAUUAUCGCUGCGUGCUCAGCGAUUUUAUUUGUUUUCCGGGGAAGGGGUCUUUUUAAUCCCACCAGACAUAACGAUCAGAGUUUUUUGGAAAUUAGUGGAACGAGGACAGGGACCGAGGUUUAGAGAAAGAGCCGCAUCCGCCAAAGAAGUGAGAGCCAAGCGGACAUUGUGAUUGUUGAUGAAAGGACGACACAGAAACGUACGUAGAGAUCCGCAUGUUUUUAUUCAGUGGUAUUUUUAAGAUAUAUUUUAAGAAAAUAUUUUGUUUAGUGUAACUGCGCUGACACUGGGGGGUCGACCUCAGAGUAUCUGUACCACAGAGGAGCACCCUGUUCUGGGCACAAUCCGACCCGUGUGGAACACCAUCACUCGAGAAGCAACGAACGCGUGCCUCGGAUUUACUGCACGUCAGUAUUUGUGGUAAUAAGACAUUGAUGUCAUUUAUCAUCAUUGUAGCUACUGUGUCCCGUGUUUGCCAUGAUAGGGCAACGAGCGGCGUACACGAAACUAUAAACUGUAGAUAGACCAGCACAACGUUACCGCCCCUACUCGUGCCUAAACGAUAAGGAAGAGCAGAGUUUCAUAGCCCACUUUCAAAGCCGUGGCGAAAGGAAAGUAGGAGUGCUCUGGGCAAAAAAAAAGCUAAGAUGGAGAUGCUGUGACAGAAGAUUCUCUUACAUACAGCAAAUUUAUGGUCGUUAUCAAAAUUCAAGCGCUUCGACGUUGGAAUAAUUUUGUAUUUUGACCAUCACGUUCUUGUCAACAUUGGGGGACUGAUAUAUUUUAUCAGGUAAAUGAAAGAGAAUGCCUAUGGAAUAUUUAACAACAAAAAUAUUACAUAUUUGUAAAAUGUUUCAAUUUAUUUAUCAGAGUCUAAUGUUAAACGAUUGUAUAUUUUUUAUUUGAGAGAAAUAGCAAGACCUUGUCAACUGAGGGGCUUUGAUUUUUUAAAAACAAUAUUUACCGAUACGCCUGUAUUGUUGUGUUGCAACUCAACAUUCAUAGCCAUAGUCCUCAUCAGGAUAUUGAGAGAUCGAUACAACCACAAAAAUGGGCAGUGACAGUGAGAUUUUCAACCGAGAGUUGUCCAAGAUGUCUGAUGAGGAUUUGCUUGCAUGCUCUAAGGAGGAGCUGGUGAGCCGACUUCGUAAAGAGGAGUCAGACAAGAUAUCAGCCCUCAUACAGCGAGGCCGACUGAUCAAAGAGGUCAACAAACAAUUGCAGGGUCAUUUGCUUGAAAUUCGAGAGCUUAAAGUUAUAAACCAGCGGCUUCAGGAAGAAAACCAAGAACUGCGCGAUUUAUGCUGCUUCUUGGACGACGACCGGCUGAAAGUGAAGAAGCUGGCACGCGAAUGGCAACUCUUCGGCCACCACGCCGCCAAAGUGAUGCGAGAAGACCUGGGCGGGUAUCUGAAGAAACUGGCCGAUCUGGAAAGGCUGCAGGACGGCCUGGUGAAGGAGAAUUUGGACCUGAAGGAGCUUUGCCUGGUGCUAGAGGAGGAAUGCGUCAGCAGGAGCGACUCCAGCCCCGGCGGGUCGACCGAGCUCAGUUUGCCGUGCAUGGUGGCUCGCGACUUGGGCGAUGGAAGUUCCAGCACCGGCAGCGUCGGUAGUCCGGAUCAACUUCACCUGGUUUGUUCACCUGAUGACUGACGUCCUGCCGGAGGCCGCAUCACUCCCACCAUACUCCUGGGCGGAAACGAGUGAGAGUCGCAUGGAGAUCGCUGCAAAAGAGUUUUAUGCCAACCUUCUCAGAGGGAAAAUAGUUUACAAUGUUAAUCAAUUCACAUAGAACACGACUGAGUGUCGGCCUCCUGAAGCUUUUGUAUAAAACGGGGCACUCGUUUAGUAGGACGUUUAAACUUCCACAGAAGGAUAAAGGCAAAUUCUGCUAAAGAAAUGUCAUUUCUGUCUCCUCACAACUAAUGUAAAACGAAUGGAAUGAGGAUAUUACAGAGAAAAGAACCAGCGCGAUUCAGAGGAGUAUCAGUGUGGUGUUAAAUUUAAGAGAAGUUCAAAGCUGAAAGUGAAAGAUGAAUUAUGCCAAUGAUUGUUUUAAAAAUGGAGUUGUAUGAAUAUAUUAACAAUUAUAGCUGAUAUAUGGGUGUAGAAAAAAAUGGAUAUGGAAAAUAACUAUUCAGAGGGAGUGAAUAGCCAAAACAAUUGAACUGGAAUAGGUUUGUUUAUGUGCACUGGGCAGACUUUGCUAAACUUUUUCAUGCUAACCUGUAGUGGACAAGGCUAAAAUGAGUUCAUCAGCUUUAAUACAUUUGAACCUAGCUUGAAGCGAACUGGCCUGCAGUUCUGUAGAAUGUGAUCAAAUCGGAGCAGAAUCAAAAAUCAUUUAAUUCCAUUGAUGGGUGUGUCCUGGAAAGCCAUGAUAGCUGGCACAAAGUAAUGAUUGGAAAACUGUUUGUGAAAAGACUCAGCUUUAUAAAGAAUGGGUUGUCAAGUUUUCAGUGCUGUCCUCCAUUAGUCAAUCACAGAUUGGAUUCUAUGAGUUUAUAAAGGGAUUCUGUAACUAAAAAAGCAAAUAUAGUAAAUGUUUUCCAAGACACCCCUAGAUUUCCCCCAUAGUCCAGGAAAUGGCACUGUAGUAAAAGCACUCUCUGUGAUGCACUGACCUGGGGGCUUUGUAACAGUCAGGCACUGACGUGAUGUACUGUGUUUACACCCACAUUGCACUGAAUUUGUCAGGGAUAAAAACAUGCUUAGCUGGGUCCUACUGGAUUAUUAUGUACUGUGCUUGUGCAGUAGUGUACUGCAUCUGCACAACCUCAUGGUAUGUUAUUCUGAGCUGGAACUAAGAGUUUGGUUUGUACAGUACACUGGUCUGAAACACUGGGAACUGCUGGGGAUCAUCCAUACUAUUUCAGUUAAUCUGUGCCCAUUUGGUGUUACUAAGAAAUGUUUUAAAUACAAUAUUUACAUUCUAUUAUUAUGAUUCUUAUAUUAUUAUUAACUUCACUGUAGUUGAUUCUAUAUCAUUUACAUAUCACUGUCAUUUACAAAGUGGUUUUGUUUUGUGUUGAUUUUGUUUUGAGUGUUGGAUUAUUAUUGUUAACAUCAUCAUCAUUAUCAGUAUUAUUUUUAAUGAUUAUGAUUUGUGUUUUAACUAUGUAAACUGUGCUCCCUGAUUGGCUAGUGUUGGCUGUGUGGCUGGCUGUAAUUGGUGGGCUAUGCUAUUAGUGAGCAGGAGAGCUCAAAAUACACUGAGACACACAGUGUUGUGGUGGUCUUCUUGGUCCCGGUUGCACACAACACAUGCACACACACACACACACACAUACACAUACACACACACACAGAUCUACUUUAACAGGUGCUGCUUGCUUUUGGAGUACUUCACAGGCCUAUUACUUAGUCCAAAGGUGUCUGCUCCUUCUACAGCAUGGUCAAUUGAAAGCUGUGGAUGGGCCUACCCUAUUCCCUUUCCUCUGUCACCUGUAAGAUAGGACUUACUGACAACCACGAUCACUCACACUAAUACAGGCACACAUAUAUUUUGUCUGUACUCCCUCUGUCUAGCACUGAAUCACUUUCUGGCCCCACUUGCACUCAGACUUAAUGCCAGCCUUAAUGCAAGUCUUGUGAAUCGAGGUCACUCAUUUAAGUGGAGAAAGGGAGAGCAACAGAGGACCUGUGUGUCUGGCAACUGAAGGGUCACUGGGUCCAUAAACUCCCUCAGUGUCUCCUCUCCCCCUUCAUCUCUUCUUUUUCCACCCUCAUUCCCUGUCCAUGAAUUUGGCUAUCUCUACACACAGUCUCAGCAACCUCCUGCUCUUCUCUUUCUUACUUUCCUUUUCCUCUUUUUUCUUCCUCUCGUCUUUCUCCUUCUCUUCUGCCCCCCCCCCCCUUCCAUCUGUCAUGUUCUUAUAGAUUCUCAUCAUGUGUUUUUUUUCCUGAUUGGUGAGGCAGAUGGCAGCACAUGGGCUGUUUAUUUACAGCAUUACCAUUCCCUACAUUAGGAUGUCUCCAUCAAGGGGAUGAAGAGAAAUAUGAGCCUCUGGCUCAAGCGCACAACAGUACUUUUUACAACCACGCAGUAAACCCUCUGAGCAGAAACCUUUUCUCAGGUUUAUUCUAUAGGGCUGAAGUGUCUACCCCACCCCCACUCUCUCCCUGAUUCUACCCCAGUCUCCUGUGCUUCCUUCAGGGGAAGCACAUUCCAACGGAUUUCAUCUGACUGGCAGCACAUGAGCACAGCAUGCAUAAAGAGUAACUGUUCUUAGUCACCUGCAUAUCGGCGUCUGUAGUAAGAAGAGAUGGAUACAGGAAUCUGGAGCAAUGUUCUGUGUGUAUGUGCAUGUGUGGCAAUGUGUGUGUGUGUGUGUUGCUAGGGGAACAUCUGUACUCAGGACAUCCUAAAAGGAAACAGCAGGCUG